AUGCGUGAGUACCGGGGGCUGCUCGGCCGGGCGGGCACCCUCCGCCCCGCGGGGGUGGCCCCUGGGGACCGCCUGCGCCUUGGCCGGGCUCUGGGCUGCGCUCCUGGGGUGGUGGUAAAACGAUUUAAGGAACCAAAGGAAGAGAGACGUCCCUGGAGGAUAUGGUUUUAUGAUACCUCCAAGCAAGCAAUAGGUGCCCUCUUCAUCCACUUUGCUAAUAUUUUUCUGUCAGAUCUCACUGAAGAGGACCCUUGCUCUCUCUACCUUAUUAAUUUCAUCCUUGAUGCCACGCUGGGGAUGCUGCUGAUCUGGCUUGGUGUGAAAGUUGUCUCCUGGAUUGUGCAGCAUAAGAAGUACACGUACCUGGUCUUCGGAGAAUACGGUGACCCUCCACAAGCUGCUGCCUGGAUUGGCCAGUGUAUCCUCUACUUGCUGAUAAUGGUUUUUGAGAAGACUGUGAUUAGCCUUGUCCUGCUUAUACCUGGUUGGACAAAGCUUCAGCAGAUCCUCCUGGAUUACAUCCCAAACCCACAGCUGGAGCUCAUCCUGGUCAUGCUUGUUGUGCCUUUUAUAGUCAAUGCCAUUAUGUUCUGGGUUGUGGACAGCUUGAUCAUGAGGAAAUAUAAGCAGAAGGACACCCUGGACAUCAAUGGAUCCAUAGAAACUCCUCGGGCUAGCAGGACUGAGGAAUCUCAGGUGUUACUCUCUCCAGACAUGGAUUUUGAUCAAUCUGAAAGCGACCAGGAUAUUUCAGGACUCCAGGGAAUGAACCAGAAGAUGAAGCAGCCCAGCUAUCAAGUGGUCAUCUGA